AUGUCAACUCAAACUCCCCACGUUCCCACUCCCAAGGGCGCUCGGAAUAACAACAACGCUGCCAUCAACAACAACCACCGAAAACCGUCGAAGAAGAUGACUACCCCACAUACACAGCACCCCGCUAUGCUGAGCACCCCGCCAUCUUCGCCGCCACGCAACAUGAGUCCGGCUGGAAUCAUGACCGAUUCAUCAGUCAAUGUCCAUUCCAAGAAGAAGCCUCCACGCUCUGGCAAGAAACCUCAACCUCGCAAUGCCAAUGGCGUGUCGCCUGCCCCGAUCCAGAAUGGUCACCAGAAUGGUCAUCGACACACCAACUCUCAGCCAGGCGUAGCGACUCCUCAAGCCAAGGAUAACGCGGCGGCCUACGCAGGUCCAACAUUCCAUGCCUCACCUGCUCCAUCGGCAUUGCCCAUUCCGAGCUUCUUCUCCAAAUCUUUCCCCGAAUCCGAUCUCGCGCCAACUCUGGAGACUGAUAGCGACAGCGCGGAGAUAGAACCCGAUCUUGAGACCACCCCAUCUAAGCCGCGAUCGGUUCGCCCGCAUACUGUGGCCACGACUCAGGCGGCGCAACCCACACCUCUCGAUUUCCUCUUCAAGGCCGCUGUCCAAGCCCGUACUGCCAAUACCAUGAACAGCCCCGAGGCAGCGCCCCGCGUGCACUCGCCGCAGACCGAUUCCCAAAAACUGCAGGCACUCAGCAAACACACGCCCGGUGGUAUGUUCCCCAUGGACCUGGAAUCUGACCGUGCGCGGGCUUCGCCAAUUGGUCCUUCGUUUGCGCCUUCGUUCCAAGAUCGCUUGAACGCUUUCCGAUCGUCCAGUUCCCCGUCUCAGUCUCCCAGUCCCGCUCCAGCUAUUACGACUCAGGAUCAAAACCGCAUGAAGACCGAGCAGUUGAAGUACAUGUUGCUUAACCCGCGCCCUCAGGAGCCGCCCUCUUCGUCAACCUCUCCUCCCGCUCAGACGCACCUGGGUAACUACGGGGGUCAUGCCACUCGACCCAACAUCAAUGGUACUGUUCCUCACUACGCCACUCCCAUGCGCACGUCCUCGGGGCCUCCGGCUGUUUUGUCGCACGGUUAUUCCCCUGUCGGUCCACCACCGCCGGGGCACGCCAACAACAACCACCAUAACAUUGCUGGUCAUCCUUCGUAUCCCUACACCCACGCCAAUGGCUCUCAGCCGCUCCGGAACGCCAACUCGCCUCUGAGACGCGAAGUCUCCGGAACCAAUAGCUACAGCAAUGGCUACGGUAAUGGUUACUACAGCAAUGGCUACCCUUCUGGUCACUCGUCGCCGGCGCCCUACGGGAAUAAUCACUAUGCGGCAACUGCCCCUGCACCUGUCCCGCAGCAGUCCGGCUUCGUUUCGCCGCAGCCUCAAUACACUCAGGCAGCCUUUCCUUUGCCAAGCAAUUCUCCAUCUCCGGCCACUUCCCGGCCGGUUGACACCAAGAAGAUGGAGGAUGACUUGCGACGAAUUCUGAAGCUGGAUGCCGCCCAGGCCCAGGGGCCAGGUCUUCCAUCUAGUGGCAUGCAGAGGUCAUUUGCUUAG